UCAUACGGUACGUGCAUGUGGCCUUGAUACCUCGAAUGCAUUCUUAUUUUUAAUAAAGAUCAAGGGAUUUAAAACACCUUCAUCGGGGACAUACGUCAAUAACGAGUUCACUGUGAGUUUUUCUUCACUCGCUUGUCUGACUACUAGGAUUGGGGGAACUACUCGCGAGAUUGAGGUCGAUUUUCGGUCCGUGACGAAACCGACACGGUCUCUGCCCUAGGUCUGGUGCCAAGAAUAAAGGGACGCGGAACGGAGAGCGUUUUAGCACCGGGCCGACGAGCGAGCAGACCAGAAGGAAGUAGACAGCCUUCGGAGUGUUUGUUGCGGCGCGAAUAUACCACUCGAUUUCGCCGACACCGUUUCAGUCACGCGUAAGCAGCCGACCGAACAAAGCAGCAACGGGCACCACACAUCCAUGGGUUAUCCGCGUCCGAUUCUCCGGUUACACUAAACUGAUAUAUUGAUAACGUGACUGUGAAAGAGAAGAUGGAACUGAACAGCAGUCCGAUUUCUGCGCAGAAGAAGAAUUCCAUUCAUGACAAUGAAACAGCAUUCAAGCAGGCACUUGGAAAUGGCGGGACGUACGGAGCUUUUCAAUCGAAAGAUCCCAUCUUAGCGAUGGAAAAAGGCGGGGAUCCUAUGAAGGGCGGAAGUAAUGAGCAUGGUAUCACCGUACACCAUCCUACUUCGUACCUGGAAACCAUGAUGCAUCUGUUCAAGGGUAACGUCGGCUCGGGGAUCUUCGCGUUAGGAGAUGCUUUUAAGAAUGCUGGAUUGAUGCUUGCACCACCAUUGACGAUUUUUCUCGGCAUUAUCUGCGUACACGCUCAACAUAUUCUCAUUAAAUGCAAUAAAGAGAUGACACGUCGUGUUGGUAAUGAAAUGAACGCAACAGGAUUCGCCGGAACUGUGGAGAUGUGUUUUGCUACCGGACCUCUUGGACUUCGUAAAUAUUCGAGCCUUAUGAGAAAAUUGGUUAAUAUAUUUUUGUGUAUCACGCAACUCGGAUUCUGCUGUGUGUAUUUCGUUUUUAUUUCCACGAAUAUGAAACAGGUGCUAGAUGCACACGGAAUCGAGAUGGACGUUCAUCAGCACAUGGCUGUGGUGUUGAUACCCAUAAUGCUUAGCACUUGGAUCAGAAAUCUCAAAUAUUUGGUGCCAGUAUCUUCGAUAGCAAAUUUCUUAGUGAUCUCUGGUUACAUCGCUACUAUAUAUAUUAUGAGCCAUGACGUACCGUCCAUACAUGAAAGGAGGUAUGUUGCGGAUUGGAACAACUUACCUCUGUUUUUUGGCACUGUGAUAUAUUCCUUUGAGGGUAUUACUCUAGUACUGCCACUGAAAAACGAAAUGAAGAAUCCUAAUAAUUUUAAUAAGCCACUGGGUGUUCUCAAUGUUGGUAUGGUGAUAGUUACCGCUAUGUUCGUCGCAAUAGGUUUUCUGUCUUAUUUGAAGUACGGUGACGAGGUUGCUGGUUCAGUCACGCUCAAUCUCGCGCAGGAGGGAGUGGCCGGGGAAGCCAUCCUCAGUCAAAUAAGUUUGCCGCAAUGCAUCAAGACAGCCAUCUCAUUAAGCAUUUUGCUUACAUAUGCUUUGCAAUUUUAUGUACCGAUUGCAAUAAUGUGGCCCGGCAUUGUCAAUCGAUUCGGUCCCUUCAAGUGGCCGGUACUCACGGAGAUUAUCUUCCGGUCUGCAAUAUGUUUUAUUACAUUUAUCAUGGCAGAGGCAAUACCAAAGCUGGGUCUAUUCAUAUCUCUGGUCGGCGCGGUCAGUAGCACCGCGCUCGCUCUUAUCUUUCCACCUAUUAUUGAGAUGAUCGUCUGUUGGAACAACACCGGUCUCAGUUAUUUUACAAUGACGAAGGAUGUGUUGAUAGUGCUGAUCGGUGUAUUGGGUUUCGCCACCGGAACAUACGAGAGCGUAACGGCGAUCAUCAAAUCGUUCAGCAAUUGAACUCGAAUAAUCUAUAUAAGCGCGCUAUGUACAAAUUAUUUUUAAUUUUCCUUUCAUUAUGAUAUGCGGACCAUGACACCACCUCUUUCCGCGCGUGCCCAACUUGAUUCAAAUUCAUAUACAUAUACAUACAUUUUUUCAGAUUUUGCAUGUUCGUAGAACGCGCUUUAAGGUUCAAGUAGUAUUAAACAUCCUAAUAAUGAUAAUUUAUGCGUGAUACUGAUAGAAAUAGCUGAUUAAAUGUAAUGAUUGUGGAAUGGCCAAUGAUUGUUAUUAAUAGCAAUCGUGUUAUUAAUGAUAAUCAUUCAGACAACACAAAUUUUGAUAUUUUUGUUUGUGUUGUUUGGAUAUCGUACCUUGUGUGUGCGUUAAAACUUCAAUAUAUAUAUAUAUAUAUAUAUAUAUAUAUAUAUAUAUAUAUGCGUUUUCAUGUUUAGGCUUCCACUUGUAAUAAUGAAUUGCAGUACAAUAACGUAGUUUGCAUGACGUAAAAAUGAAUAGAUGAAUAAAAGUGCGUUGAUCUUUUCAAUUGUAUACACGCGAAUUUUGCAACAAUGGCGCAACUGAGACAUUACAGAAUAUACAGAAAAGAGACAUAUUUAGAGACAUAGUCUCUACAUAUAGUAUUUGUUAUAUCUUUACAUAAGAUUUUAUUUAUCGAAUUGUUCUUGUUUUAAUUUUUUAAAAGUAUAUAGAAUAUAUAUACUGUUAAUCAGCGAAAUUAAUCAAUUCACAAUACGAUUCAAUAACAAUUGAACAUUUAAUAAAUAAAGCGAUAAUUAUAUGUGUAUUAGGAAUUAGAAAUAUUUGCGUCAAUUACUGCUAAAUUUUUCGUCAAAAUAAAAUUUUUUCUCACAGAAAUGUAUUAAAAGCGGACAAGAUUAUAUUUUCAAUAUUGCAUGUUAUUGUAAAGCAAAUUGCACGAUUCAAAUGUUAAUUUUUAAUCUUAUUUGACCUAUAUGCGAAACAAAAUUAUUUUGU